CGUGUGCCUGAAUGGUGCGAUCCGCCCUACGUGCCGGCCGCGCCGGGACUGCGGGGCGCCGCCGCCAGCGUCCGACGGCCGGCGUGCAGGUGGACGAGCUCGACGGGGCCACACGAUCAAAACUCCUUGUCUCAAGGGAGGCUUUCUUUGCUGCUCGCUGCCCUCUGUGCCGGGGCUCACAGGCCCCAUCAGCGCUUGAUUGCAGAGCCGUUGGUGCAAGUGCCUCUGACCGUCAUGGGGAAUGCCGGCAUGGAACCGAACAUCUCCCCUGCUGACAAUGCUGCACAGCAAGACUCUCUUUUCAGCAUGAUGGAUGUGUUUCUCAUCUCGCUCAUCACCGGGCUUUUUACUUACUGGUUCUUCUUUCGCAAGAAAAAGCAAGAAGUCCCAGACCUCCCCAAAAUGCAACCAGUAGCAGCUCCAGUGAGAGACAGCAGCUUCAUUGAGAAGAUGAAGAAGACGGGGCGAAACAUAGUGGUUUUCUACGGUUCCCAGACGGGUACAGCAGAGGAGUUUGCUAAUCGUCUCUCCAAAGAUGCUCAUCGCUACGGCCUCCGGGGCAUGGCAGCAGAUCCAGAGGAGUAUGACUUGUCGGACCUGAGUCGCCUCUCUGAGAUCGACAAGUCCUUAGCUGUGUUCUGCAUGGCCACUUACGGUGAGGGUGAUCCCACGGACAAUGCCCAAGACUUCUACGACUGGCUGCAGGAGGCUGACACUGACUUGUCAGGUCUCCGAUUUGCAGUCUUUGGGCUGGGGAACAAGACUUAUGAGCACUUCAAUGCCAUGGGAAAGUAUGUGGACAAGAGACUGGAGGAGCUUGGAGCCCAACGUGUCUUUGAACUUGGGCUGGGAGAUGAUGAUGGCAACUUGGAAGAAGACUUCAUCACCUGGAGAGAGCAGUUCUGGCCAGCGGUGUGCGAGCACUUUGGGGUGGAGGCUACAGGAGAAGAGUCCAGCAUCCGCCAGUACGAGUUGGUGGUGCACACAGAUGUGAACAUGAACAAAGUCUACACUGGUGAGAUGGGUCGUCUCAAGAGCUACGAGAACCAGAAGCCACCGUUUGAUGCCAAGAACCCCUUCCUGGCCCAGGUUACAGAGAACCGCAAGCUGAAUGAGGGUGGAGAGCGACACCUUAUGCACUUGGAGCUGGAUAUCUCCAAUUCCAAAAUCAGGUAUGAGUCUGGGGACCACGUGGCAGUAUACCCAGCCAACGACUCUUCACUGGUGAAUCAGAUUGGCGAGAUCCUGGGCACAGAUCUGGACACAAUCAUGUCCCUAAACAAUUUGGAUGAGGAAUCCAAUAAGAAACAUCCCUUCCCCUGCCCCACAUCCUACCGUACAGCCCUGACGUACUACCUGGACAUCACCAACCCACCCCGCACCAAUGUCCUCUACGAGCUGGCCCAGUACGCCACGGAUGCUGGCGAGCAGGAGCGCCUCCGCAAAAUGGCAUCGUCUGCUGCUGAGGGGAAGGCUCUCUACCUCAGCUGGGUGGUGGAGGCUCGGAGGAACAUCCUGGCCAUCCUGCAGGAUAUGCCCUCGCUGCGCCCCCCCAUCGACCACUUGUGUGAGCUCUUGCCCCGCCUGCAGGCCCGCUACUACUCCAUCGCCUCCUCCUCCAAGGUUCACCCCAACGCCAUCCACAUCUGUGCCGUGACGGUGGAGUAUGAGACCAAGACUGGACGCCUGAACAAAGGUGUGGCCACCAGCUGGCUCAAGAACAAGGUGCCUGACAAGAAUGGGAGCAACUCCCUGGUGCCUAUGUAUGUCAGGAAGUCGCAGUUUCGCCUGCCCUUCAAACCCAGCACGCCUGUCAUCAUGAUCGGACCAGGGACUGGCAUAGCCCCCUUCAUUGGCUUCAUUCAGGAGCGGGCCUGGCUGAAGCAGCAAGGCAAAGAGGUGGGCGAGACAGUGCUUUACUACGGCUGCCGCCGUGAGCGUGAGGACUACCUGUACCGUGAGGAGCUGGCCCACUUCCAUCAGGAGGGAGUCCUCACCCAGCUCAACGUCGCCUUCUCCAGGGACCAGGCUGAGAAGGUUUAUGUUCAGCACUUACUGAAGAAGAACAAGGAGAAUGUCUGGAAGCUGAUUAAUGAGGGGAACGCUCAUAUCUACGUGUGCGGCGAUGCUCGCAACAUGGCCCGGGAUGUGCAGAACACCUUCUACGAGAUCGUGGCCGAGUACGGGAACAUGAGCCAGCCCCAGGCUGUGGACUAUGUAAAGAAACUGAUGACGAAGGGCCGGUACUCUUUGGAUGUCUGGAGCUAAGAGCAGGGCUGGCGGGGCCGGGGAGAGAAUGGGUCUCCAGGCGUGGGCCUGCGGGAGGUGGAAAGUGCCUGCUUGCCCACUGCUGCUGUGGGUGACAGCGUCGUCCCCAGCCCACAGCUACCCCAGAGUCACUCCCAACCCCUCCUGGGCCACAGCAGCCCCCCGGGCAGGCUGUGUACCCUGGGUGGGGCGUAGAAGGGGUUGAGAGGGGAAGGGGUGGUAGCUCAGGCUGUUGUCUAGCAGCUGUGGUGCCCCCAGCACCCCAGGGAGCACCUCAUGGCACCAGCGUUUGCUCUGAGGCCAGGAACAGCUGAUGUGGGACGGGCAGUGCCAGGGGAGCUCAGGGGUCUUUCCCUGAUCAUGAGGUUUUGCCUUAUCCCCUGGGGCUGGAGCCUACCCUGACCUGCUGGCACAGGCAGCCUGGGGAUGGCAGAGGGGUGGGGGAGCCGGCAGCCCCCUGCACUGCGGGUUUGGUGUGGGGGCAUGGCAUGGGGCACUGAUCUGUCCUCACCUCCCUCCCGCUGCCUUUGGCCAUCUCUAGGAUGUGGGGCUGGCAGCCGGCUCUGGGCACAGAGCUGCCCCAUGCCACCAGGACCCCACCAGCACCAUGCUCCUUUCCCCCGCUGCUUGCCUUCGCUCCACCAUGCAGCGGGGUGGGGUUGGCUCCUCUCCCCUCUAGAAGAGACCCGGUCUUGGGGGUUCUCAGUCCACAGGGGCCCUGCUUGCUCCCUGGGGUCCUGCAGCUCCCCUGUGCCCAGCCCCUCCCUCACACUGUGUAUGGUCAUUUUUAAAAUAGUUUUUACUUUAACAUCUUUGUGAUGUAAUCAUGAAAAAACUUUCAGGCUGUCCAAUGACUGUAAAUUAUUUAAAUACAUUUGCCCUUGGAAUAAAAACACUGUUUCUGUA